CCCGCCCGCCCGCCGCGGCCCAGGGGCCCGUCUUGCCCGCUCGCUCGGCGGCGGCAGCAGCAGCAGCAGCGGCGGCGGUCACGGGCAGGGCACGAACUCCCUCACGCACGCAGGCAGGCGGGCGGCGGCAGCAGCAGCGGCCCGGACCCGGAGCGGCGGUGAAUAAAAGCUCUUCAAGUCUGCAAUAAAAAAUGGCCUCCAAUAAAACUACAUUGCAAAAGAUGGGAAAGAAACAGAAUGGCAAGAGUAAGAAAGUGGAAGAAGCAGAGCCCGAGGAGUUUGUGGUGGAAAAGGUGCUGGACCGGCGAGUGGUCAAUGGGAAAGUGGAAUAUUUCUUAAAAUGGAAAGGAUUCACAGAUGCCGACAACACGUGGGAGCCCGAGGAGAACUUGGAUUGUCCUGAGUUGAUUGAAGCGUUUCUGAAUUCUCAGAAGGCCGGCAAAGAAAAAGAUGGCGCCAAGAGAAAGUCCUUAUCAGACAGCGAGUCGGAUGACAGCAAGUCCAAGAAGAAGCGUGAGUCGGCUGACAAACCGAGAGGCUUUGCUCGGGGCCUUGAUCCAGAACGAAUCAUUGGUGCUACAGACAGCAGCGGAGAACUGAUGUUUCUCAUGAAGUGGAAAGAUUCUGAUGAGGCCGACUUGGUGCUGGCCAAGGAAGCAAACAUGAAAUGCCCUCAGAUAGUCAUCGCCUUCUACGAGGAGCGGCUGACCUGGCACUCCUGUCCUGAAGAUGAAGCACAAUAAUCAUUGGUGUUGCUUUUUAAAACAUAUACAUACAUACAUAUAUAUAUAUAUGUGCUUAUAUAUAUAUAUAUUAUACAAUCUGGAUCUCAGUUGCAUUCUUUGAUUUGUUAACAGUGUGAGCACCAUCUACAUCUAAUGAGAACUGAGUUGGUAGGUUUUUAAGUAGGUUUUUGUUUUUGUUUGAUUUGUUUUUUGUUUGGGCUGGUUUUUAUUUUGCAUCAACAGCACUGGUAACUGAACAAGUAAAUACAAGCUUUCUGCAUUUACUUAACGUUGAUCACAGAAGAGCAUUUGAUACGAUGGAAUUAUUAACUUCCUCCACAGUAGAGAAAAACUUUUAUAAAUACUGAUUAAUACCUUCUGUGUAGUCACUACUCUGAAUCCUAAGAAAUGUUUAGCCCCCAUGUAUGCCUAAGGUUAGCUCUCCAAGAAAAUGUUGUGUCCGUGUAGAAUUUUGACAUUUCACUUGAAAUCCAACUUACUAAUUAAAAGCUACAUUUUAUACCUAGAGGCAGCCAUUUCCCAUUAUUGUUCUGUUCCUCCAGACUGACAGAAAAUAUCCUGUCUUCACUUUUCCAAACACUAACUGUUUUUAAAGGGAACAGAAUGAUAAUGUGGGCCCUUUGCAGCCUGGCUGGAGUGCUGGCAGUAAUGCUCAGGCGCCCAGAUACACCCAGGAGGCUGCUCCACAUUGAUCCAGAAGGGAUCCUCUCCCUGAAGCCUUGUGGGUCAGAGCCCCAUCUGCCAGGACUUGGGGAAGGCUGACCAGGCUUGUUUGCAGCUGACAUCUCGAUCAUUGAUGGUGUCCAGUCCUAGGUUAGAAGCACGCAUGGGUAAAUGCUGUGGAACUAGAACCAUUUUGGCCUUGAUUUUCAGAGAGACUCGGACUUCUGCUUCGGUGUCCCAUCUUAUUUUACUAACCAAAGGUCCUCUUUUAAUCAUGUAGUAACCCCCCUAUCUGCUGGAACUUCAGUAUUCUGCCCAAAGGGCAGGCCUUUGCAGCGGGGGUGUUUUCCUAACUAUGGGCAUAAAUGGGGAAGCAAACACACCCAUGUUAGGUAGUCUCUAUACUCUCAGUGUGCAUGUUUUUCCUUCUUUAUCCCACCCCAUCCCUUCACCAUGUAGAACCAGCCUUUUGAGUAUUUCCGUCGCUUGGCUCUGUGGGAGUCAGGCAAAAAUAAAUAACUUUGUAGUCAUUGGAAUGUUAUACAACUGUAUAUUGUUUACUUUAUUGUAAAUACUGGUGAACAGUGGUCAAUAAAUAGUUUUAUAUUCUUCCUUUACA